ACACACACACACACACACACACACACACACACACACACACACCAGGCACAACUACUGAAGCUGGGACGAACGGAAAGGCGGUCACAUGCUCACCUGCAAACGUGAUUGAUGUGGGUGUUUGUAUCAGUGGGUGUGUAUGUCAUGUCUGACUCUCUCGCGCCGGUCAGGGAUUUGCUGACAACACUUUCUUGGAAGCUGUGAGAAUUGCUCAGUCUUCUCUCGUGCAUCACCGCUCGCCCUCCACAGCCGCGCACUUUGCAGUUAAGCAGCUCGCGAAAGGCAUCCAGGUAUCUCCGAGGAGCCAAGCGACAACUUGCCGAGAGGGACUGCCUCUUAACGCACCUGCACCGAGACCCCAGACGCUCACUGAGCGUAUUUUCAUCACUUCUUCCAGUUUCCGCGCUCUAUGGAGCAGGUGUUUUCUGCAGAGCAAUUUUUUUAUUUCCUCGUCAGUCUUCAAAAGACGUUUGCGCCUGUGUAAAGGCAUUCCUUGACAUCCGUGAAGUUGUUUUAAAGUCGUCGUCAGCAACAGGAGAGAGAUGGAUAACAGUCCUGGAGGUGGAGGUGGAGUCAUCCUGUACGCAGGGUCUUCAGGCAGCUCAAGCCCGAGCCCUGGCAGCCCCUCCAGUGGGUACCAAACACAGUCACCCUCUUCACACUCCCAGCCCUCGUCUCCAGAAGAAGUUACCUUCACUGAGAUUGGGGCGCUCAGGCAGGGUCGGACAACUGGGGCCAACACCCCGACCUCCAAACUGGUGUUCCAGUUCCCAGAGGUCUUCAGCGCUUCCUCAGUCGCCGCUGCUCCACAGCAACCCUAUGCACACCCUAUUGCGGGAAAGAGACCCUGCGGGUUUGCUGGAACAUUCACCAAGACGGGUGGAAUGGUCCUGCUCUGUAAAGUUUGUGGAGACAUUGCAUCCGGUUUCCACUAUGGAGUGCAUGCAUGUGAGGGCUGCAAGGGCUUUUUCCGCCGCAGCAUCCAGCAGAACAUCAACUACAAGAUGUGCGUGAAGAACGAGAACUGUCUGAUCAUGCGGAUGAACCGCAACAGAUGCCAGCACUGCCGUUUCAAGAAAUGCCUCUCCGUCGGCAUGUCGAGAGAUGCUGUGCGUUUUGGGCGCAUUCCUAAACGGGAGAAACAGCGACUUCUUGACGAAAUGCAGAGCUACAUGAACAGCCUGAAUGAGUCAGCUGCCAUGGACAUUGACUCUUCAGUGAGGGACAGUACCACCAGCACAGACGACUGCAACUCAAAAGAGGCCAUUGGGACCAUUUCCAAAGCCUAUCGGGACAUCUUCACCGGCAACAACAGCCACGAGAGAUCCUCCAACAGGGCCAGCAUUUCCACUUCCAGCAGCAGCAGCAGCAGCAGCAGCAACAACAAUAACGCAUCUACCUUUUCUCAGGAUGGUGGUUUCCAAGCAUCAUCUCAUCCCAACUCCACCCAGAGUUAUCAGUCGUGCCCCGUCUCCCAUGUAACUAUGUGCCCCGUUGCCUCUAACAAUAACCAACCUGCGUUUCACAAAGUGGACAACAAUAACUAUUCGUAUUUAGUGUCAACAAAUCAGAAUCAUAAUCAGUCAAAUACUGCAAUGGGGCAAAGAAUCAGCUUCACCAACCAUAACAGUUUUCCCUCUGGAGAAGUCGUCCAAAACCAGCCCUCCACCUGUCCGUGGAAAUUAGCACCAGGAGCUAAAGUGCUGGCCUGCCCUCUCAAUGCGUGCCCUGUAUCAGGAGCAGAGCGAACAAGUCAGGAGAUAUGGGAGUCCUUUUCUCAGUGUUUCACCCCUGCUGUGAAAGAAGUUGUGGAGUUUGCUAAGGGCAUUCCCGGGUUCCAAGAACUGAGCCAACAGGACCAAGUCAUGCUGCUAAAGUCUGGCACCUUCCAGGUUCUCAUGGUGAGGUUUUGCACUUUGUUCAAUGCUGAGCAACGUACGGUGACCUUCCUAAAUGGCCAGACGUACCCCCUAUCCACUUUGCGAGUCUUGGGCAUGGGGUCUCUUCUGGAUGCGAUGUUUGAGUUCAGCGAGAAGCUGGGCUCUCUGGGACUGGAGCCUGAUGAGAUGGCCCUGUUCAUGGCUGUGGUGCUGGUUUCUGCAGACCGUUCUGGCAUCUCGGAUAUGAGAGCCGUGGAGCAGCUCCAGGAGGGCCUGAUCCGCGCCCUUCGGUCGCUGAUCAGUCGCCGACGCCCAGACGACUCCGCCCUCUUCUCCAAACUCCUACUGCGCCUACCGGACCUGCGAACCCUCAAUAACCUGCACUCCGACAAACUGUUGGCCUUUCGCAUUGACCCAUAAGGAAGAGACUUGUUUGCUGUACAAUUACACAAAAGAAGUAUACAUACAGAUUUUUUUCGGUCCAAAGACUGGACUUCCUUUUAACUGCGAGGGACGAGAUGUUGUGCAAUAAGAAUGUUUUUUUGUUUUUUUUUUCAAAGGACAAGUGAGGGGAAUAAACAUAUUUCUGACAGAUUUUUGACAUAUAUGCAAUGUUUUUGAGACAAAAGACAAAAAAAAA